AUGAAGUCCUGCAAAUCGGCCACAUCACAGAAUCGGUCACAAACACGCAGGACCCCAACCACCACCACAAACAAGCAUCAUCACCACAACGCCCCACCGUCACCACACGAGACCCAAGUGCCACCAUACCAGACACCAACCAACACGAGACCCCCAAAAUCGCCACACGUCAGACCACACACGCAGACCCCAAUCGCCCACGUCAGACCACAACCACCACACAGAGACAAUCAAAUCCACAACCACCCACACGGACCCCAAAUCGCCCACGUCGAGACCUCAAAUCGUCAGACCACAACCUCAAAUCGCACAUCAAUCACCACAACCACCCACACGAGACCCCAAAUCGGCCACAUCAGACCACAACCACCCACACGAGACCCCAAAUCGGCCACAUCUGACCACAACCACCUACACGAGACCCCAAGUCGGCCACACCAGACCACAACCACCCACACGAGACCCCAAAUCGGCCACAUCACCCCACAACCACCCACACGAGACCCCAAAUCGGCCACACGAGCCAACAAAUCGGCCACAGCAGACUACAACCACCCACACGAGACCCCAAAACAACCACGUCAGCCCACAACCACUCACACGAGACCCCAAAUCAACCACACCAGACCACAACCACCCACACGAGACCACAAAUCGGCCACAUCAGACCACAACCACCCACACGAGACCCCAAACCGGCCACACCAGACCACAACCACCCACACGAGACCCCAAACCGGCCACAUCAGACCACAACCACCCACACGAGACCCCAAACCGGCCACAUCAGACCACAACCACCCACACGAGACCCCAACCGGCCACAUCAGACCCCAAACCGGCCACACAGACCACAACCACCCACACGAGACCCCAAAUCGGCCACGCCAGCCAACAAAUCGGCCUCUGAAAUCGGCCCGACCACGAGGCCCCGAGGUCAUCCGUUGA